AUGGACGCUUUUAAAAGUCUUCAUUCAAUCAACCUUAAUAAGUCAUUUUCAGGUAUUUCACCGCUGGCAAAGAGGACGGCGCAACUUGUACGCGAAACUAUUGGAACAGUAGAUAAUUUGACAGAACUUCCGGAAGAAUAUUUGGAAUUGGAAUGUCAUGUUGAUCAGCUUAAAGUUGUUUAUUCCAAGCUUUUGUCUGUCACGUCAACAUAUGACAAUGAGUCUUAUGAUUAUCCAGCAAAUCUUCGAGAAACAUUUAGCGAAUUUUCGAAGUCAAUUCAGGAAAAAGUUCAGAAUUUGGCAUCAGCACAUUCCGCUACGGAGGUACAAGCAGCAUUUUUAAAGCCUACGAGUAAAGGUGUUACAAAAACAUUAGCUCAUGCUCUCUCCAGGGCGGCUAUAUCGAGUUCUGAGCAGCUGGAUGAUUCAAACCCUCUGAAAGAUGUUUUAAUAGCUUAUGCAGAUACGCAAGACAAAAUUGGCAAUUCUCGUCUAAAGCAAGAUUCACGGAUAUCUACCUCUUUUAAUGAAUAUCUUGCUUCAAAUUUGUCCACAGUCUUUAAUUGUGUAGCUAAAGCUAGAAAAAAUGUUAAUGUCAAGCGUAUAGAUCUCGAUUCAUUCAAAUCAUCAGCAAAAACAGUAAGACCUGAAAAACAUGAACAGCUAUGCCGUGAUAUUGAGCAUGCAGAAGAUGCCUUUGUAACUGCAGUUGAAGAGGCAAUGCAAAUUAUGAAAAAUGCUUUAGAGAUUCCAGAAUUGAUUUUACAAUUCAAAGAAUUUAUAGAUGCUCAACUUUGUUUUCAUAAGGAAGCUUAUGAGGUUUUAUAA